GCCCCCUGGCGCCGCGCACGGGGAGUCGCAGGCGGAGGGAGGCGAACCACUUCCGGUCUCCAUUUUACGCCAGCGGAACCGCUCCGGGACAGGCUGAGCCGCCGCCGGGUUCUCGGGAGCGCGCGGCCGGGCUCGGCGGACACCGCCCUGGCGUGGCUCGGAGGGGUCCCGCCUACUUCCCCCCUCCCUGUACUGUAGGGGCGGCUCCCACCGAGACCGCGGGGAUGGGCGCCCGAAGCCUCCUUGUGAAACCUGCCCCCGGACACUGAGCCUCCCGCCCCGGCCGUCGAUUUUCAGCGGCUUGGCCCCUCGCGGGGAGAGCGAGCCUGUGCGAGCAGCAUGGACCAAAGCUUGGUGGGGCACCCGGUGACCCUCAUCAUCAAAGCGCCCAACCAGAAAUACACCGACCAGACCAUCAGCUGUUUCCUGGACUGGACCGUGGGCAAGCUGAAAACUCACCUUUCCAGUGUCUACCCCAGCAAGCCGUCUACAAAGGAUCAGAGACUGGUGUAUUCUGGCAGACUGCUUCCUGAUCAUCUGCAACUGAAAGAUAUUCUCAGAAAACAAGAUGAAUAUCAUAUGGUUCAUCUAGUGUGUACUUCACGGACCCCCCCAAGUUCUCCAAAACCAAGCAUCAGUUCCGUGUGUCAUGGAGCAUCGACAUCUGGCAGCAGCUCAAAUUCAGAACAUUCUGGAUCAACAACUCCAUCACCCACAAGCCAAGAAUCUUUAUCUACAUCUAUAAACUCUAUCUCAGAUGGAGUGAGGCAUCGUAACCUUCCACAAGCACAAAGCAAUCCUGUGCAAAGCCACCAGUUCCCAUAUUUAAUGCAAGGCAACAUAGACAACCAGUUUCCAGGUCAAGGUGUUUCUACUGGAUUUCCAAUGUACCCUGCAUUCAGCCCAUUACAGAUGAUAUGGUGGCAACAAAUGUAUGCACGUCAGUACUACAUGCAAUAUCAAGCUGCAGUUUCAGCCCAGGCAACAUCCAGCACUGAGCCAGUCAUAUCAGCCGUCGCGCAGCCUGUAAAUUCAGAGCAUGUUCCUGCAAAUGAGCCCCCAGCAGUGCCAAACGUAGCAGCACAGGAGAACAGACCUGUAAACCAGAAUGUUCAAAUGAAUGCACAAGGAGGUCCAGUAGUGAAUGAGGAGGACUUCAAUCGAGACUGGUUAGACUGGAUGUACACCUUCUCUAGAGCAGCUAUUCUUCUCAGCAUUGUAUACUUCUAUUCUUCCUUCAGUCGGUUUGUCAUGGUGAUGGGAGCCAUGCUACUGGUUUAUUUACACCAAGCUGGAUGGUUCCCCUUUAGGCAAGAGGGAGGCCAGCAACAGGCAGCCAAUAACAAUGCAGAAGUGAACCGUGAUGGACAAAAUGUAAAUAACCCUGACCUUGAGGAGAUGGAGCGUCUUAUGGAUGAUGGGAUUGAUGAAGAGAGUAGAGAAGAUGCUGGUGAAGAUGGCAGUACAGAGCAGCAUCCUGGAUUCAUGGCUUCAGCUUGGUCCUUCAUCACCACCUUCUUCACAUCGCUCAUUCCUGAAGGACCUCCACAGGUUGGCAAUUAGGCUCAAGAGGAACUGUGCCAGGCAGCAUAAGAAGCUGUACAUAGAAGAGGGAGCUGAAUCUAGGGGGUAUUUUAAAUACAGUGCAAUUUCAAAAGAUUUAUAACAACUUUUUGAUCAUGGUGUACAAAAAUGUGUAUUUUUCCCUUUUGGCUUUCUCAUGCAUAUGAAUAUUUUAAGCACAAGUGGACUACUAAUUUUUUUUUCAAGUUCUUCUUUUUUCUAAAGAAGAAUUAAAUGUAAA